AUGAAGUGUAAGGAAAAAAAGCUAUAUUGCUCUCGAACUUUACCACCUGAUAUGCUUAACAACUUUCCUGAGAAUGUAAUAGAUGAAAUUCUUAUGUGUUUACCUUUUCGAGAUGCUGUGAGGACAAGUAUCUUAUCGACAAAAUGGAGAUAUGUAUGGCGUAGACUUCCAGAGUUGAUGCUUUCUCACACAAGUUGGAAACCCGAAGAGGAUUUAACUGACCUUACAAGUAAUUUCAGAAAGAUUACAGGCCACAUUUUGGCCUUUCAUUUUGGACCAUUGGUGCUGCAGAUCUCAUGUGCUUCAAGAAACAUUAUUAAAAUUAGUGCUCCCAUGCUGAGAUCCAUUGACUACACGGGCAAUUUAAGAUCUGUCUGUUUAAAACCUAUCCCCUUUCUGGCAAAGCUUUCACUUUCGCAUAGGGAAUAUUACUGGGGUGCCGGAAAAUGUAAUAUUCCCAAGUUUUUUGAGCCUUUCACUGUGCUCGAGCACCUCCACUUGAAUGAUAUGUCUCUUGCUGCAGGAGCAGGUGUACCAACGAGGCUUUCCCACGGUCUUUAUUGUGUCAAACAUCUCAGCAUAUCGAGUAAAGAUCUGUCUGACUCGGAUGAGUGGCUUCUAAUUAUUUUCGUGCUCCUUAAAUCAUCAAUAAGCUCAGAAAGUGAGUUUCGGUUCUUUUUUCCUUCGGUAGAGUCUGAUGACAAUCAUAUACAACUUCUCGAAUCUCUUGAAGUGGAACGCUUCUCAAAUGUGACAUUUAAUCACCUCAGGGAAGAUAAGCUAAUGCAAACUAAUUGCAUAAUCCCUGAGAAACAGCUUAUUGAGCUUCUGUUGGCCAAGUCUCCUGAACUGGUGAGAAUGCUAAUUGUGCCAUGUCUAGUUGAAGAAUUUGCAACAGUCCAAAUCCUCGCUGAGCUAAUAAGAUUUCAGCGGGCAUCACCAAAUGCAGAAGUUGUAUAUAAUUUGGAUAAGCAUCCAAAUCCCCGUCCUGUUUCCUUUUCACUUGCACGAAUGUUUUCGGAAGUUGAUGAGGAAUUGACAGACUGA